AGCUGUAUGGGGGGGUCAAUAUCUGCCAAUUCUGGAGUUUUGUUGUGUGGUUGAAAAGUGUGUUCUGAGUGUUGAUCCUUUGCUGCAGAACUCCCUGUUGAAGCUGCAGGACUAUCAGCAGUGUUUGGAAUGCAGCGAGAUGGCUCUGAACGAGUCCUUGCAGCAGCUCCACUCUGCUCCAAACGCCUCCGCCCCCAGCAAGGAAGAGUGGGUCAGAACUAUCGGAAAGUUACUGGACGGCAUCGAAAUCUGCCUCACCAAAAAAACUGAUCUUCUGAGCAACAUAUCUCACUUUUCCAGCGUGGCUCGACUCGCAAACAAUUUAAUUCAGUUAAUUGAUCUCAGCAUGAGCACUUCAGAUGACCCCAAAGAGCCGUAUUUCUUCUCAGUUCUUCCUUGGAUCAUUUUGUACCGCAUCAUUAAACAUGAAGAGGCUGCUUUUGACUGCAUGCUCCGACAGCACGUGUCUUUAGAUGAUGAUGAAGAUGAGUCAGACGUGCCUAUGCUUCCCUCCUCUUUAAUGCUGUUGAGUACAGCUCAUGAAUAUCUUGGCCGCCGCUCCUUAUGCUGCAGCUCAGACGGUGCACUCCUUAAGUUUUUUGUGGAAGUGCUUAAAAAGGAGUUUGAACCCACUGCCAGAUUUGAGUCUCACCCGUACAAAGAGGAGCUGGAAAUGGCCUUGGAGCAAUGCUUUUUCUGCUUGUAUGCUUAUCCCAGUAAGAAAAGCAAAGCCCGCUAUCUUGAGGAUCACUCAUCUCCACAGGUUACACUUUUAAUUUGAUAUUUUCAAUUUGUUAGGAGUCCUAAAGAAUGCUCUUCUAAUCAGAAAUGAGUGUUUAAUUGUGUAACUGAAGAUUUCAUGUGGAUUUAACUUCAGACUUUAAACCAAACAUUUUGGGCUGAUCUGUUAUUUUGAGUGGGCUCUUUGAUGAAAUGUUUUCUCCGUUUGGUACCGCUGAAAAUGUAUUAACAAAUGAAAAAGGUGUUACCGCAAUUACCAAGGUCAAAAUACUGAAUUGAUUUCAUACAAGUUUAUGUUUUUUGUUUUAAUUGACAAAU